UGGCUAUAGGGUAUGGUCCUCAUAUGGAUAACGGCUGUGAUCCCCCAAGCAAGGCCACCUUACUGCAACCAACUAAAGGGGGAGAGCUGCAAAUCCCCAACAGGAGCCCAAUAUGCAACCCUUCUCUUCUCCUUUGUCCUAGCAUCCAUCGGAGCCAGUGGGAUUCGACCGUGUUCCGUAGCUUUCAGAGCAAAUCAAGUGGAGCAAAGAAACACUCCAAACAAUGAACGGGUCCUAGAAAAAUUCUUCAGUUGGUACUACGCUGCAAAUUCUAUUUCAGUCAUGGCUGCUUUCACAUUUAUCGUUUACGUUCAAGAUCAUGCUGGAUGGAAAGUUGGGUUUGGAGUCCCUGCAAUCCUCACGUUCUUGUCUGCUCUUUCCUUCUUCGUCGCCUCUCUGUUUUCUAUCAAGCAGAAAGCUACCAUGAGCCAACCAUUAGUGGCUCAACUCUCUCCGAGCCAACCAACAAACUUAGCUUAUUUAGCUUAA